GCGGCCGCGGUCCUGCACUCAGAGGGACUCGGCUCUCCUUUUGAAUGCAUGCUUAAACGAAGCUCUUCUCUGCUCACACUCGAUCACUUUCACCAUGGCCAGCAGGAAGUCAUACUCUGUCCACAACUACGGCGGCAGCACCAGGAGGUCCUACGCGGGACCCGGCAGCCUCUCCGUCCAGAGGAGCUCCUACGGCGUGGGUUCCGGCGUCGGCGGCUUCAGUAGCAGCAGCGCGUACAGUUUGGGCAUGGGCUUCGGCGGCGCCGCCGUCCCUCAACAGAUCACAGCCGUCCAGUACAACCAGAGCCUGCUGUCGCCUCUGAACCUGGAGAUCGACCCGCAGAUCCAGGUCGUCCGCACCCAGGAGAAGGAGCAGAUCAAGACCCUCAACAACCGCUUCGCCAGCUUCAUUGACAAGGUCCGCUUCCUGGAGCAGCAGAACAAAAUGCUGGAGACCAAAUGGAAGCUCCUGCAGGAACAGACCACCACCCGCUCCAACAUCGACUCCAUGUUCGAGGCCUACAUCGCCAACCUGCGCCGGGAGCUGGACGGGCAGUCCAACGAGAAGAUGAAGCUGGAGGGGGAGCUGAAGAACAUGCAGGGUCUGGUGGAGGACUUCAAGAAGAAGUACGAGGAUGAAAUCAACAAACGUGCAGCUGCAGAGAAUGAGUUUGUGCUCCUCAAGAAGGAUGUUGAUGCCGCCUACAUGAACAAAGUUGAGCUGGAGGCCAAAAGGGAUGCUCUUAAUGAUGAGAUCAGCUUCCUCAAGGCCCUCUUCGACACUGAGCUCCAGGAGCUGCAGAGCCAGAUCAAGGACACCUCCGUCGUCGUGGCGAUGGACAACAGCCGCAACCUCGACAUGGACGCUAUUGUUGCAGAAGUGCGUGCGCAGUACGAGGAAAUCGCCAACAAAACCAAAGCUGAAGCAGAGAACUGGUACAUUCAGAAGUACGAGGAGAUGCAGACCUCCGCCGGACAGUACGGCGAUGACCUGCGCUCCACCAAGGCCGAGAUCGCCGAACUCAACCGCAUGAUCAACCGCCUUCAGAACGAGAUCGAGACCGUCAAGGGACAGAAAACCAACCUGGAGGCUCAGAUCGCGGAGGCCGAGGAGCGCGGCGAACUGGCGGUGAAGGACGCCAAGCAGCGCAUCAGGGACCUGGAGGCGGCUCUGCAGAGGGCCAAGCAGGACAUGGCCCGGCAGGUCCGCGAGUACCAGGAGCUGAUGAACGUGAAGCUGGCGCUGGACAUCGAGAUCGCCACCUACAGGAAGCUGCUGGAGGGCGAGGAGUCCAGGCUGGCCUGCGGAGGCCCCAGCGCCACCGUCCACGUGCAGCAGUCCUCCGGAGGCGGCGGAUAUUCCGGCGGAUCCAGCUACGGCGGCAGCUACGGCAACCAGAACGUGAUCACCAAGACCACCCUGUCGACCAUCAAGAGAAGCUAUUAAAAGGAGAGCCGCGCCGUCCCUCUUGAAUCGGACCUGAGACCUGCGCCCCGUCACGGCGCUGCCUUCGACACCAGAGCCGAACACCCAACCACUCGGUGAUUCCUGAAGUGCCACAAACUUUCAGGAAUCACUGGUGUUUUAUCUUAUCACUGUACUUUCCACAGACCUCACGUCAGGGCAGAGAGCAAGGAAACAUUGAUCCUGUCUGAAGGGACAUUAAAAAACUGAAAGUUAGAAAUGAGCAAAAAAAUCAUUUUUCAGUACUUUAUCUCACCACGUUAUUCUGUACUGUAGUGCACCAAUAGCCUGCUGUUAUAUGUUCACGUACUGAUAUUGGAAGCAAGUCACUUACCACGUCCAAAUGUCUUGAACUUACAGGUUUAAACACUUUGAACUGCUAAUGAUUUCUUCUCAUUCGUACUUUUCUGACAAAAUGGUUUUCUGCUUUUUUUUUCUUCCCUCGCCUUCAAGCUAAAACCAGGUUUAUUUAGUGAAAGUUUUACGAGCAGACAAACGUUGCCAAUGCGUAAAUCGGAUCGAGUACAUCACAAUAAAGUAAAUCUGAGAACCCAAA